UGCUCAACAGAAGCCUACCCCUCCUUCACAGCAAAAGCAACAGGUUCUUGUUUCAGAUCCAAGGUUGAUGUGUAGCAUACUGCUCAGAAGCAGAGAAUAAUUAAGUUCAACCUGGAAAGAUAACAUCCUAGAGUGAAUUUUCACAGAUAUAAACAUUGCAAAAUGGUUGUUCCGGACAGCGAUAGAGCAUGCUAAAGAAGCACCCUGGACUCAUCCCGCAGUUCUUCUUCAUCUGUUUGGGAAUGGGCGGAGCCAGCCUGUAUCUGUUCCGGCUGGCCAAGGGUCCCCAUGUUACUUGGAACAAGACCAACAACCCUGAACCUUGGAAUAAGCUUGACCCCUCCUACCAGUACAAGUUCGUAGCCAUCACCACAGACUACAAAAACUUGAAGAAGGAGGGACCAAACUUCUGAAUAAUGCUCAAAUAUAAAUCGGAAGCCCUGGUCUUUAAUACUCAGGGUAGGCCAUAAUGUUGUUGUGUGCUAAGUUGCAUCCUUUACAGUCCGCAAGUAGCAGACUAGGGUGUAUGAAGAGUGCAAGUAACGAAGUUAGGAAAUGCUGUGUAUAAUGGAGCCAUUACGGAUCUUCCUGUUUAAUUUCCUGCUGCUUGUAUAGAAAACCUCUGCAAUAGCCAUGUUGGAUGCUGGAAGGUCUGCAAUGGUUGCAGAAACAUCUCUACAUCUUCGACUACUUUUGUCUUUUCCAUGUGACAUUACUGUCUUUGGAAAUAUUCCAUCUUCAUUGACGCUAUAGCCUGAGAUGUACACUUGUCUGUCAUGUUGUUCUUUGAAGACUUAAUUUGUAAAGAUUUAGGAACACCAGUCGGGUUGAUUUCACAGCACCCCGAAUAUCUUUGGCUUAUGUGAGUCAUGAAGUAAUAAAAUAAUUUAAAGACAA